CUGCCUUGGGCUUCCCAUGAAAAUUCCCAGACCAGUGGGGAGAUAGAAUGUCCACUUCCAGUUCCCUCCUUCCACCUUGGAAACUGUGGGUCCAGGGAAGUUCUCUGAAAACACUGAAGAGGCAUCAGAUCAUGCACUCCCAGAGAGCUCCACUUGCACUCCUUGAGGGCUCCACCCUCGAUAGAAAAGGAGAAAUGGCAGCUUCACUCGUCUCUAGGCUGUGGAAAGUCUCCAAUUCAACUCUGUUCCAAAUGAUGCUGGUCACUGUUUUGUUGGCUACUGUCCUUGGUGACUGUGGUCCUCCACCCAAAUUACCAUUUGCUUCUCCAAUAAAUCCGUUGUAUGAUACUGAAUUCAAAACUGGAACUACUCUGAAGUACACCUGCCACCCUGGGUAUGGUAAAAUCAAUUCAAGUCGACUGAUUUGUGAUGCCAAAGGCUCGUGGAACUAUAGCAUCUUUUGUGCAAAGAAACAAUGUAGAAAUCCAGAAUUAAUCAAUGGGAUAGUGGAAGUUAAAAAAGAUCUUCUCCUUGGUUCAACCAUAGAAUUCAGCUGCUCAGAGGGAUUUUUCUUAAUUGGCUCAACCACCAGUCAUUGUCAGAUCCAAGGUAAAGGAGUUGACUGGAGUGAUCCUCUCCCAGAAUGUGUAAUUGCCAAGUGCGAGCCCCCUCCAGACAUCAGGAACGGGAAGCACAGUGGUGGAGAUCAAGAAUUCUACACAUAUGCCUCCUCUGUCACCUACAGCUGCAAACCCUACUUCUCACUCAUAGGCAACGCCUCCAUCUCCUGCACCGUGGAGAAUAAAACAAUAGGUGUCUGGAGCCCAAACCCUCCUAUCUGUGAAAAAAUUGUCUGUCGUCGACCACAGAUUCCAAAGGCAAUCUUUGUUUCUGGAUUUGGACCCCUCUAUACUUACAAAGACUCUAUUGUGGUUAACUGUGAGGAAGGUUAUAUCCUCAGAGGCAGCAAUUUAAUCUAUUGUGAAGCGAAUAAUGAGUGGUAUCCUUCUGUUCCCUCUUGCGUAUCCAGAAUGAAUGGUUGCACCGACCUACCGGACAUUUCCUAUGCUUCCUGGGAGAGAAAUGACUACAACCUAAGUGAUCGCGAAAUAUUUGAAAUUGGAACUGAGUUGAAAUAUCUAUGCAAACCUGGCUAUAGACCUGUUUUAGAUGAGCCUCUGACUGUGACUUGUCAGGAAAAUUUGACAUGGACAUCUUCCAAUGAGUGUGAGAGGGUAUGUUGCCCAACACCAGAUCUGGAGAAUAUCAGAAUCAUAAAUGAAAGGAGGUAUUUCACUGGUAGAUGUGUCUAUGCCUAUGGAGACUAUGUUUCAUAUAUGUGUGAUGAAGGCUAUUACCCUGUUUCUGUUGAUGGGGAGAGUUCAUGCCACACAGAUGGCACAUGGAAGCCUAAAAUGCCAGCAUGUGAGCCAGUUUGCAGUUACCCUCCCAGUAUUGCCCAUGGACACUAUAAGAAAGUUAUUUUAAUAACUCCUUAUCCUGAGGCUACAUAUGAAUGUGAUGAAGGAUAUGUUUUGGCUGGAUUUGCUACAAUCUACUGCAAGUCUUUUCACUGGCAACAUGCACCUCCUCAAUGUAAAGCUCUGUGUCUGAAACCAGAAAUAGUGAAUGGAAGGCUGUCUGUGGAUAAGGAUCAGUAUGUUGAGCCUGAAAAUGUUACCAUUGAAUGUGAUUCUGGCUAUGGUGUGGUUGGUCUCAAAAGUAUCACUUGCUCAGAGAAGAGAACCUGGUACCCAGAAGUGCCCAGGUGUGAGUGGGAGGCACCUGAAGGUUGUGAGCAAGUCCUCACAGGCAGAAAACUCAUGCAGUGUCUCCCAAGCCCAGAGGAUGUGAAAGUGGCCCUGGAGGUGUAUAAGCUGUCUCUGGAGAUUAAACAACUUGAAAAAGAGAGAGACAAAUUGAUGAACACCCAUCAGAAAUUUUCUGAAAAAGAGGAAAUGAAGGACUUAUUUUUCCCUUCAAAUCAACGUACAGAAUCUUCAUUCAUCAACCCUACUCUUCCUUAAGCACCAUCACUCUAAUAAGUGUCUGGGCUAGGAGAACUUUCUCAUUACUGCUAGAGAAAAUGUGUAAUUAUUGGUAAUCUAGCCUUUUGUAGCUCAAAUGUCUACUUUCCUGGACUUGAAGUGCUGGUUAAUUAAAUAAUUAUUUACC